AUGGCAACGCCAGUCACACCCGUAGGGGCAGCGGCGCAAAUGGGAGCGAGUGGGGGCGUGACGGCAACGAGGGCGGCAGACGCGGAGAGGGCGCAGCUGGUGCAGCAGCUGAACCUGGCGGGCGUGCGCGCGCGCGUGGCGGAGCUGCAGGGCAGCAUCGCGCGCGUCAUGGGCGCCUUCCACGAGCAGCACGUGCACCUCAAAUGGUCGGAGGCGGUGGCGGCGCUGAGUGUGGUGAGUGCGGGGCUGUACAGCCUCGUGGAUGACGUCAUGCCCAUGCUGCGCUCCUUCGCUGUCUGCCCCGCCACCGUCACCGCUCAGAAUGCUGCCGUGCUGCCCAUAAUGCUGUCGUCCAAGCUGCUGCCGGAGAUGGAGGUGGACGGGCGGGCAAGAGAGGACGCACUGAGGUCCCCGCUGGCAGCACUGCCGGUGGCACAGCAGCUGGAGAUGCUGCAGCUGCAGCAAGCACUCCCCUCCCGUCCCUCCCUUCCCUCACCCACUGCGGCGAGUCUGCAUGGCAUCACGUGCACAUCGCAGCCACUGUGGCCCGCCUAUGCCCAUGGAAUGGAAGUCCCACUGCUCGCCCUCUUCACACCCACUGCUUGCCCCUCCCUUCCCUUCCCUCUCUCCCCCUGCCCUCCACUCUCUCCCUGCCCUCCCCUCUCUCCCCUCUAUCCCCCCUCUCCCCCUCCCUUCACGGGGCAGGCGAAGAUGGUGGACGUGGCAUGUGAGCGCGCGGAGAAGGUCAUUCUCGACGCGCGCAAGGCGCAUGGCAUCGGCGCGCGCCAGGCGGCAGCCAGCGUGGCGGCGCUGUACGGCGCAGGCAGCAUGGACAAGGCUGCUCUCGCCCGCGUGGCGGAGCAGGAGAAGCUUCUUAGAAAUGCACUGGCCACUGGCGAGGGGUUCCGAGUGGCCCCACAGCCGCCCGCUGCUGGGCCUGCCCCUCCCGCCCACCGCGUGCACCCAAGCCAGGCGGCGCCGGCAGCAGCGUCCCUGCCGCCACACAUGCGCCCACACAAGAGGAAGCACCCGCAUGACGACGCCACCGCUGCUGCCGCCACCGCCACUGCCACUGUCACUCACACUGACGUGCCUGCCUCAUCACCCGCCCCGCCUGCAU